UGUCGCCUUAGGUGAUUCCUAUACAUUAGUCUUGUUUGUUAUUUAUUAUUCGACUAACAUUUUACUUCUUCUUUUUAUUUUAUAAAACAUUAAUUUGUCAACAUAUAACUUUAUAUACGUUUAACCUAAUUUAUUUACAUCUCGAUAUUGUUUAUCAUCGGAUUGCAUUCCACGAUGCAAAAUAAAAAUAAUUCAGAUGAAACAUCAAUGAUGCAAUACUCUACAAUGAGAGUUUGCAUAAAAUUCUCAUACACGAAGCAGUGUUUCUCAUGUAAAAAUAUUGCACAUCAUCUAAUAUCAUUGUGCUCUAAAACUCAGUCACUUGUGUUUGUUUUUGUAAAUGUUUCAGAAUGAUAACAAUGUCCUUGUAUGUAUUAAUUAUUACUGGCCUUUCUCAUUGUAACUUGUUAUAAAUAUAUUAUAUCUUACUUAUCGUCCCAUCGGACAAUUCAAACACAAGAAACGUGAGAUCGAAACGUUUUUUAAAUUGUAAUAAAUUUUAUAGGUAUUCUAAUAACAGAUUGAGAACCCUUUAUUCGUCAUAAUGGUUAGUUUAUGCUCGUGGGAUAUUCACGGUUCUACAAGGUUAGGUUGGACAGUACAAGUAUGUACGUUACAUCUUACAUGGCCACUACUUGCCACUAUACAAUAUAACGUGUUGGGUGUGGUUAAUACCGUGGGAUCUUUACUGGAUCAGUAGAUUAGUGAAUCGAUUAUCGUAUACACUAGUUUACGUUGCAAUCUCUAUUGUUUGCAAAGAAAUUUUUUACGAUGAAGAAAAGAAGCUUUUCGGGAAACAUCGGUGUCGGUGUUUUCAUUGUUGCGUUUGUGUGCGUUUGCGUUGCAUUUGGUACACCAGCGUGGUUAGUGAGCGAUUAUCGUAUCACUGGUGCGAAACUCGAUAAAUUGGGCCUCUGGACACAUUGCUUUAGAUCUCUACCGAAUCCUCAAGAAAUGGACGCACCUAGACGUUUUUUCGUUGGAUGUAGAUGGGUAUACGAUCCCUUUACCGCAGGAUACUCUGACAUCCGUGGCUUUCUCUUGCCUCCAUUCAUGAUUGCAACACAGUUUUUCUUCACGUUGUGCUUCCUAUUGAGUCUCGUAUCGUUUGUAUUGGUAUUAUUAUUCACUUUAUGCUGUGACCCAGAACGAAAACGAUACGUACAACUUAUUCUGACAAUUGGAAAUGUAUUACUUGUCGGCGGUAUAAGUGGCGGAUUGGCAGUGAUUAUAUUUGCUUGCUUUGGAAACACCGAAGGUUGGAUGCCUGGACAUGCUAACAAUUUUUUUGGUUGGUCCUUUAUAAUGGCAGUUGUAGGCAGUGUGUUAACUAUCAUAGCAGGUGUGCUGUUUCUUGUAGAAGGAACUGUUCAACGCAAAAAGAGAGAGUACUUGAAAGAAUCUCAAACAAGAUUCCAACUUGAAUCUCGUACAUAAGUACAGUCGUUUUAUUACGUAAGACUCGCAUUUUAGUACCAAAAUUUUCUAUUAUUCCGUCCAUCUAUAGUAGUCUGCUUCUAAUAGUAGAGUAAAUUGUGUAGAUUGUAAGAUUAGAUUUCUAUUUACUUUAAGUACAAAUUAAGGUACUAAGCAAGAUUUGUAUUUUUGUACAAUGUUUUACAUAUACAAUAUAUGUAGAUGUAUAUUAAAUACAGAGAGAUUUCUGUAUA